CAUGGGGGCACAGUAUUUUAAAUCUAGGUUUUUAGAACGACGUCUUGAGUUUUAUGUCUCAUUACAAAACAAUUGGUUUAAACGUAAAAAGGGAGAUAACAAACACAAUGUCUAGGCGCCUAGAAUUCGCACUGUACAUAUAAUCUAUUGUAAGCUAUUGUAUAACACGUGGGUGUGGAUUUAUAUAUGAUACUCUCCUUUUGUAUUUGGAUAUAAGAAACUUCCUGUAGAGUAAGCAAAUUGAUUGACUAACUUUUUGUUGGUAGACCGAACGCUAUGCCGUCACAAAAAUUUGAACUAACGGACUUAUCCAACAGUCAGACCGACUUAACGGCCAUGCGUGACAGCAGGAGUGGAUGUCACGUGAGUGCCUUGGCCGGGUUCGUCUUUCUGAUGCUGUCUGCUGCUGUAGCUGUGGGCGUGGGUGUCAUCGUCCAUUUCGCAGGAGGCAACAGAGAGGUGGUCUGCAGGUGUGACCCUGAGACCAUCCUAGGUGGGCAGAUCUCUGAGUGCUUGAAACUUGCCAGUCAAGGACAUAGAGAAAUAUGUGAGAAAUGCCCAGUUCCUACGUCACCGUCUCAAGGACCAUCAACUCAGCCAACAGCACCAUGUCCGUCAUCCACGUUUACAGCAUCCCAGGCACCCACGUCGACUACAACUGUGAAGCCGAAAAUAACCGACGUUCGGAUCCCUACCGCCCUGUACCCUCUCCAUUACAACAUUGAGCUGCAGACCUACAUGGCCGGCCUUGACCCUGCAGGUUUCACCUUUAAGGGAACUGUCAAGAUUUGGUUGCGAUGUGACCAACCUUCUGACAAUGUCACACUUCACAUCAAUGUCCUUUCAGUGGACAAGACAAGCUUACGAUUCUAUGGAGAUUUCUCAGGCUACAGAGCGCCAGUGUACACGUCUUGGUCAGAAGAUAAAGACAGACAGUUUUUUAUACUUAAACUUAAUGGCUACACAGAGGUUGGUAAAAUUUAUAUAGUAGAAAUGACUUAUACAUCGCCUUUAAAAGAUGACCUAAGUGGACUCUAUCUCAGCACCUACAAAAGAAAUGGUCAGCCUGUCUAUCUAGCUACAACACAAUUCCAACCAACUGAUGCCAGGAAAGUUUUCCCAUGUUUUGAUGAGCCAGCCAUAAAGUCUACCUUCAAUGUGACUCUAGUUAGACCAAGCAACUUGACAUCAUUAUCCAAUAUGCCAAUCAUUGACAAUUCAACAACAUUUGAGGAGCAAGGCAUAACCUAUGUUAAAGAUGUGUAUGCUCAGACCAAAAAAAUGUCCACCUACUUACUAGCAUUCAUUGUGUCUGACUUUUCCUAUACUCAGAAUACAACUAAGAAUGAAGUCCUGUACAGAGCUUGGUCAAGACCAGAAGUAGUCUCUAGUACCAAGUAUGCUUUAGAUGUCGGUAUCAAUAUUUUGACCUACUUUGAAGAGUUCUUCAAUGUGAGUUUUCCACUCCCCAAACAAGAUAUGAUAGCUAUACCAGACUUUGCUGCAGGCGCUAUGGAGAAUUGGGGACUUAUUACUUACAGAGAAACAGCGAUGUUAUACACAGAAGGAGUUUCUAAUGAAGCCAAUAAAGAGAGAGUGGCUAUCGUUGUGUCCCAUGAACUGGCUCACCAGUGGUUUGGUGACCUUGUGACACCAAGAUGGUGGGAUGACUUAUGGCUAAAUGAAGGCUUUGCGACAUUUGUUGAGUAUCUAGGAGUAGACCAUGUGCAUCCGGAGUGGAACAUUUUUGAAAAAUUUGCUCUCUCUGAAUUACAAGAUGCCUUUUCCUUUGAUGGUCUGGUCUCCUCUCAUCCAGUAUAUGUUCCAGUUGGUCAUCCAGACGAAAUAAAUGAAAUAUUUGAUUCAAUCUCAUAUGCAAAGGGAGGGUCAAUUAUCCGUAUGAUGAGACAUUUCUUGGGAUAUGAAACCUUUCGAAAAGGAAUGAAUUUAUAUCUAACAAAGCUGCAGUAUUCUGAUGCAUUUCAUGAUGACCUAUGGGCAGCACUUACAGAGCAAGCCAGACUUGACAACAAAAAUAUAAAUGUGAAAGAAGUGAUGGACACUUGGACUCUACAAAUGAACUACCCUGUAGUUACAGUGACUCGGGACUUCAGUCGUCAUGACGCCCUCACAGUCCACCAAGAAAGAUUCCUAUUGAAUCGUGAUGCACCAGAGCAAGGAAGAUUUACUUCACCUUUUAAUUAUACUUGGAACAUUCCAUUGACCUUCGCAAGUAGUUUAACAUUAAACUUCAAUCAAACAGAUGCAAAUGUUCACUGGCUUUGGAAACAUGAGGCUUCAAAGACAAUUACAUACAGUGAUUUAGAACUACGAAAUGAAAGCAGUGGAUGGUUCCUUUGUAAUGUUCACCAAAAUGGCUACUAUCGAGUUAACUAUCAAUUAUCCAACUGGCAAGCUUUGGCUAUGCAGCUGAAAACCAAUCAUUUGGUUAUACCAGUCAUAAAUAGGGCUCAACUCAUCAAUGAUGCUUGGAACUUGGCCAAAUCAGGUUCCUUAGACCUAGAGACUGCCUUCUCUGUCAUAGACUACCUUGAAAAUGAAAGAGAGUAUGUCCCUUGGCAAGCUGCAAGAAUAGAACUGGCUUAUGUUGCUAGAAUGCUGUCAGUCAGCUCUGCAUAUGGUAGCUACCAGACAUUCAUGCAAAAGCAGUUGAAUACAUCCUAUCAGUAUUUUGGACUGAAUAACUCAGGUUCUUCACACACAGAAAUAGCUGCAAGAGGAUUGAUAGCAGCUGAAGCUUGUAAAUAUGGUAUUCCAGAAUGUCUUGAUGCUGUCAAACGUCUUUACAAGACAUGGAUGGAUAAUUCUAAAAUUAAUGCAAUUGACCCCAACUUGAGACAGGUUGUCUAUUGCAAUGCCAUUUCUGUGGGAGGAGCUAAAGAGUGGAAUUUUGCUCUUGAGAUGUACAAGGAGUCAGAUACCGCCUCGGAAAAAAUCAAUUUGUUGCUUGGUCUAUCUUGUUCAAAAGAGCCUUGGAUCCUGAAUAAUUAUUUGAAUCUCCUACUGGAGGAUACGUCUCCAAUCAGAAAACAAGAUGCUCUUAGUGCUGUAUCUUAUGUUGCUAGCAACACCAUUGGAAGAAAUCUGGCUUGGAAUUUCUUUAGAGAACAUUUUAUUCAGCUGAAAGAGUCAUUUGGCAGUUCAUUUUUUCAAUGGGCCAAUAUUAUUGAUUCUGUUACUCGUUCAUUUAAUACAGAAUUUGAACUUCAAGAGCUCAAAAUGUUUAAAGCCAGCCAAGAAGGCCAAUUUGGUUCAGGAGAGAGAUCCAUCAUACAGGCCAUUGAGAAGGUCGAGACAAAUGUAAAAUGGAUGAACAAGAACCUGAAUCGUAUCAGUGCUUGGUUAACUGCUCAUAUUAGUUAACAUCAUAUUAAAGCAAAAGAAUAACAUUAAUUCAUCACUUAAUCAUUAUCAAAAUAAUCAAAAGGAUAAAAUGUUUCACAGGAACUGUUUUAUUAGUUUUUUUUCUGCCUUAUGUUCAUGUAACUAGCUUCAUUAUAAGAAUGUCUGUUUAAAGAUGUAAAUCCAUUUGGGAGACUUCUUUCUCUGUUACAUGUAAAAACAAGAGGAUAGCAAAUUUUAAUGACACGCUGACAGGAAGAUGGGAGUAAUUACAAAUGUGAAAAUUAAGUUUAAAACCAUGUUGUACUUGCUUAUUGUAUUCCUUCCGAUAAUGUCUCUCUCGUUUUGUAUUUUUGACAAUUUUGGCUGGUAGUUUGUGUGACUUUAUAAAAGUUGUAACUAUGGACUUAUAAAGGCAUGUUAUAACAUCAGUCCAGUCUCCUAUGUAGUCUGGCAGCUACAUCAAUAAUAAAGUUUCCUUAUUGGUCUAGAAACUUUGUAACUGCCCAGACUCCCUAGGGUGCCUUGUUGUGAGGUAUGCUCUCCAGGCUGCCAUCUCAAUGGUCCCAAGCUCAAACUCUGCCAAAGCUCUUGUACCUUGCUGUCCUUCAGAAGGCCUAGGCUUGGAUUUAAUCUUCAUUUUUGGAGGAAACCAAAAACCUACAAAAAUAAAUCUUCCUUUUAUAUUUCUCAGUAACACCACAUAUCAACCAUUACUUUUAUUAUGAUGCAGCCGCUUCAUCAUUUUACUUUUUAAGUCCGCUGUAAAUGUAGCUAGCAAUUAACUGGUACAAUUUCAUCACUUUCCUUAAAUUUUUAUUGCACUGAGCUUAAGAUUGGUAUGUAUACUUGUGGCUAGAUAGCUUAAUUUCUUGUAAAUACAAUUCCAGACUUAAAUAAGUUCUGCACAUCAAGGCACAAUUCUACUGAUAGUAAACACACAAAAAAGUUGUUUCCCUUUCAGACCUUGCCAUCUAUAGGGCUGAUGAUGUUAAUAAGGUCAUCUGUUUCUGUGGCCCACUGCUAACGAGGGUGUCAUAUGGCCAGCACAAUGAUUAACCGCCUUUACUUUUCCCCCAAAAAGUCUGUUACCCAUUACAGUUAGGUGAGCUCAAGUGUGCCCCAAAAAUCCAGAAAUUCAAACUGAUAGUGCUUGUACUUAUAACAAUGUUCAGAAUAUAUCAAAUUUCUGUUUUCCUAUUGGAAAUGUUCAGAAUAUAUCAAAUUUCUGUUUUCCUAUUGGAAAUGUUCAGAAUAUAUCAAAUUUCUGUUUUCCUAUUAGAAAUGUUCAGAAUAUAUCAAAUUUCUGUUUUCCUAUUGGAAAUGUUCAGAAUAUAUCAAAUUUCUGUUUUCCUAUUGGAAAUGUUCAGAAUAUAUCAAAUUUCUGUUUUCCUAUUGGAAAUGUUCAGAAUAUAUCAAAUUUCUGUUUUCCUAUUGGAAAUGUUCAGAAUAUAUCAAAUUUCUGUUUUCUUAUUGUAAUUAAAAGUUUUGAUUUAAACAUUUUGGACAUUCCUUCAGAAAUGAAGAUUAUUACAUCCUAAUGGAAACCUCCUGCGGUUAAGGGGGGGGGGGGGUGGCACCGUCAGUAUAUAAACUAUGGACCAUUAUGACCACAGUACAAAGUGCUUACCACACACCAGACUGUCAAUGUGUUUAACAAUAAAGAUAUAUUUCAAUGUAAAGAAACGGGUAAUGUAGGACUUGAUUAGUUAUCUGGUAUGUGCUUUGUAGUUAACACUAUUGUCUUUGUUUUCUUAAAGACAGAAUUCAUUUAAUUCUGGAAUUUUAUCCAAGCAAUUAUUUUUGUAUUUACAAGAAGUUAAGCUACCUUGCCACAAGUAUACAUAAAGGUCUUUAGAUUUAAUAGUUAAUCUUCAUUUAUCAUAUGUAAGGGAAGUGUGGCCGAGAAGCUAAGUGCGCUUGAACUUGGCUUGGCUACCUAGAAGGGGGCUCGAGGUUCGACACCCGACUCGGGCAGAGUUGUGUUUACUGAGCGCCUAAAGGCAGCACGGAAAACUAACUCCUAGAUACCCCCACUGGUCUACAAAUGAGAUUGGACCAAAAGCGCUCUGAGCAUGCUAUAAGCAUGAAAGUAGCGCUAUAUAAAAGCUAUAAUAAUAAUAUGAUGGCUGUUUAAGAAUUCUAACCAGAUGGUUUCCUGCUUGUGUGGUAUGUGCUCUGAAAUGUCGUCUUGAUGGUCUAGGGUUUGAACCCUACCUUCUGCCAUUCUAUGGAAAGUUAAGGCUAGCUAGUGUGUAAUAAAUUUCAAUUCUGUUAAACAUUUAAAAUGUAAAGCAAACAGUUUGACUGACUUUAGCCCUGUAAGCUGGGAUUUGAUUUGAUUUCAACCAUAAACUCUUUUAUUUAAAUUACAUCACAAAAUAGAGAAAGUUUAGGAUCUUCAUAGAACUGGCUUUUAAAAUGAAUUUAUUUUUGUUUCACACUAUUUCAAAAUGUUUAUUUUUUUUUUUAAA